AUGCAUAGAAACCCAUUUAUGGCCCGUCCCGACGGUGGUUCUCCAAUUCGAUCGGUUCCGAGAGCUGCAAGACCCUCUUGGAGAGUUGAAGAUGAAUCCCCAUACGAUCUGGGUGAAGAUCUGUCGACUGCGUUCCAAGGUUUUCCAGAACCUGGCACUAGACAAAAUUAUUAUGGGUCUCAACCUAGCUCACCGUCUAAGGCUGCUGCUAGGUACUCACCUCAACGUCGUAAUGUUUUCGCCCGCGAUAGCGUCAUGAACACUCCUGUUGGUCGGGAAAGGUAUGCUGCCAACCUUAAGGAAUCCCCACAGAGGAACGGACGUGCUGUCAUCCAAAUUGAGGACCCCUCUGAUGCUGAAGACGAUUACGAUUUUUACGAUCAGUACGCUGAUCGCGAUAUGGGUUCUCCCACGAGGUCUCCUACUAGAGGUUCGAGCUUUGCAGGCACUCAUAGUUAUGCUUCUCAGGAGUCUAAAUCGGUGCUUUCUUUUGACGGAUACCGGAAAUCUGUCGACGACGGUAGUACAAUCUACUCUGGAGACACUUUUGAGCAGACACAAUUUCAGCUCAAUCAUCCACAGCGGAAUUAUAUCAGGCGUGGUAAAUCCGACAUUAGAAGACCGCCUCCUUCCAGUUCGAACAAGAAUAUCCUGAAAUUGGACAACCCAAUUCCACGUGGUCUGUUAGAGAUCUUACCUCGUCGCGAUUCACCUGAAUUCACCGAAAUGAGGUACACUGCUUGUACUGUGGAUCCAGAUAAUUACGUUUCCGAGGGUUACUCUUUAAGAUUCGCUGAAAUGAAUCGCGAAUGUCAAGUCGUCAUUUGUGUGACAAUGUACAACGAGGAUAAGCACGCAUUGGCCACCACGCUUCACUCAAUUAUGAAAAAUAUAUCUCAUCUCUGUACCCGGAAAAGAUCACACGUCUGGGGUCCUAAUGGAUGGAAGAGAAUCCAAGUUAUCAUUGUGAGUGAUGGUAGAAAUAAUAUUGAUAAGGGCUCACUGGAUUACUUGAGCGCCUUGGGUGUUUAUCAAGAAGACAUGGCGAAAUCCACUGUAAAUGGGAAUCCUGUGAAGGCACACAUUUUCGAACUCACAACCCAGGUCUCUAUCGAUUCUGAGCUAGACUACGUGAGCAAAGAUAUAGUUCCAGUUCAAAUCGCGUUCUGUUUGAAAGAAGAGAACCAAAAGAAAAUUAAUUCACACCGUUGGCUUUUUAAUGCAUUUUGUCCAGUAUUGGAUCCCACCGUCGUGGUGUUAGUGGAUGUCGGAACUCGUCUGAAUGACACCGCCGUAUAUCACUUAUGGAAAGUCUUCGACAAGGAUUCCAACGUUGCUGGGGCAGCUGGCCAGAUUAAAACUAUGAAGGGCAAAUGGGGCCUCAAAUUACUAAACCCCCUUGUGGCAUCGCAAAAUUUUGAGUACAAGAUGUCUAAUAUUCUUGACAAACCGCUUGAAAGUGUGUUUGGCUAUAUUUCGGUGCUUCCUGGUGCUUUGUCUGCCUACCGCUAUCGCGCUUUACAAAACCACGCAGACGGUACCGGCCCGCUCAAUUCUUAUUUUAUGGGUGAGACUCAGGAAGGCAGACAGCAUGAUGUCUUCACAGCCAACAUGUACCUUGCUGAAGAUAGAAUUCUUUGCUGGGAGCUUGUUGCUAAAAGAAACGCCAAGUGGGUGCUAACAUAUGUGAAAGAGGCAACCGGUGAAACAGAUGUUCCAGAAGAACCACCUGAAUUUAUAUCCCAAAGGAGAAGAUGGCUGAACGGCGCCAUGUUUGCAGCACUUUACGCGCAAUUGCACUUCACGCAAAUUUGGAAAACUAAGCAUUCUAGGACAAGAAAAUUCUUUUUCCAUGUCGAAUUCUUUUAUCAAUUCGUUCAAAUGGUAUUCUCGUGGUUCUCCAUUUCGAACUUCUUCCUAACGUUUUACUUUCUCGCUGGAUCAAUGAACUCUCUAAUAAAGCAUGGUGAUUAUCUCUUCACGUUUUUCAAAUACCUUGUUAUCUGCGAUCUGGCGGCCCUUUUCAUCAUUUCCAUGGGUAAUAGGCCGCAAGGCGCCAAUCAUCUCUUCAUCUUGUCAAUGGUCAUCCUUUCGAUCUGCUCUACUUACGCCUUAGUCUGUGGAUUGGUCUUCUCGUUCAAAUCACUUGAGUCAAAAACGCUUUCUCACAUGGUCUUCGUGGAUAUUGUCGUUUCGCUACUCUCGACAUAUGGCUUGUAUGCAUUUACAUCAAUCAUCUACUUAGAUCCAUGGCAUCUGAUAACCUCCACGGCUCAAUACCUGUUGAUGCUUCCUUCAUUUAUCUGCACAUUACAGAUCUUUGCCUUCUGUAAUACUCAUGACGUCUCUUGGGGGACCAAGGGAUCCACACAGGAUUCAAAACCAAAAUCGGAAGCCACAGUCAAGCAAGGCCCCAAUGGACAGCAGAUUGUUGAAGGUACCGAGUGGCCUCAGGAAGUUGACAAGAAGUUUGCAGAGAUCAAGAGUAGGCUGAAGGAAGAAGAAAUUAUCGAACCCAAAAUUGAUGAAGCGCAACAAAAAAAUGAUUACUAUCGAGACAUAAGGACAAGAAUUGUCAUGUGUUGGAUGCUUUCAAAUCUAAUACUCAUGAUGAUCGUGACGCAAGUGUACGGUCCGGGAGAUACCGCCAAAAACAAAUACUUGAAAUUUAUUCUUUGGUCCGUCGCCGUGCUUGCUGCUUUCAGAGCUCUAGGAUCGCUCACCUUUUUGGUGAUAAAAUACCUACGGGUUAUUGUUACUUUUAAGCAUAAGGCAGAGGACAGCGGUUCAUUCAAGUUGCCCUCUGUCGGAAAACUAUUUAGGGAGGAGCCAAAAACUUGA